UUUUGUGGGCUGUGACAAGGAAGUGCGGUUCACAGAUUGAAGGUAACGUUUUGUAAGUGCUGAAGCUCACUUGUUUUGGACUCAAGCUCUGUGAUGGCAGUGGACUGGAUUGGCUUCAGCUAUGCUGCCACCCUUGUCUUUGGAGGAUUUAUGGGAUACAAGAGAAAAGGCAGUGUGAUGUCCCUGAUGGCUGGUUUAGUUUUUGGUGGAUUAUCUGCUUAUGGUGCAUACAGUAUCUCUAAUGACCCAAAGGACAUCAAGGUCUUAUUGCUGGCCUCGGGAGUCCUCUCAGUCGUGAUGGGAAUGAGAUACAAGAAGUCUGGCAAAAUAAUUCCUGCUGGCAUUAUGUCAGGGCUAAGUUUGUUGAUGGUUUUCCGACUGUUACUGCUCAUCAUGGUGUGAAUGGAGGAACAACACUGACCGGGCUGAGGGCUCUUUGUCUCUCAAUGAACAAACCUUGUUUGAAAGGAAACAUCAUUCCCAGUUAGCAUACUAAAACAAAUCCUCUGCUUUGAACUAUAACUUUGCUGUCAUGUGACCAGGAACCAAAAGCUACCAGUGGGUGUUCAACAGAUUUAAGAUGAACUAGUAAUCUUAUUGCAGUAAAUCUGUUUCGGUGAUCUUAUAUAUAAAUCAUAACAUUUUUUGUAUGUCAGCAUGUGCAGUAAUGUAAAUCUCAUGAUUUAAGAGUAAUUUUCAUGUAGUAUUACCACAGGUUUACUCACAGUGUUGGCAGUGCAGCAGAUGUACACAAGCUUUGUGGGUGCUGUUGUUUGUCUUGGCGGGUUCUUUAAUGAAAAUAAAUAAAAAAUACUCUCUGUUUUGCAGGCUGCUAAACUAUCAAGGUUAUUAAGCUGAAAUAUUCAAAUUACUGAAAGAGGGAACAAGUUUAACACACAAAAUGUGUAUUCUGCUCUUGUGCGGUGUCUUUGACAUUAGACAAGAAUAAAAAUUAAUGUUUGUGAUAAUGUAAUAAUAAAUAAACCAAGGUGAUUCUGAAAA